AGUACAUCUACAAUUUCGCGAUCAUGGCGGACGGUGGUAUGCUCUUGAACUUUGACAUUGGCGGUGAUGCUCCGCCAAAGAGGCAGGUCAAGUUCACAGGCGGUCGCUGGAGAGAUCGGGUUCAUGCUCAGAGAAGCGCACGAAAGAAUGGCGAAGGGCAUCCGACAUCAGCCAAUUUCACCCCGCUGUCCAAUGAUCGACGACACACUCACCAUGAAUACGAUCACGAUGAGAGGCCAGCAAAGCGUCAGAGGACAUUUGGCGACUCAAAUGGACGAACAGCGCACUCUGGGAAUGACACAUUCAAUACAGGCCCUAGACAAACCAAUGCGCCUGGUGGUGUUACAUCUAGAUUAUUUACCUCCAAUCCGACACCGAGAACCGUCUUCGAGGACGUAGUAGAGGAGACCGAACCCGCAAAGCCAUCUAAUGCUCCAUUAUCAGACGAAGCCGAAAACUUCCGCGCCCUCGGAUUGUCUCCGCGCAUCGCACAGCACUUAUCAUCUAAGCUUGAGAUGAAGGCGCCGACUUCUAUACAAAAGAACACUAUUCCACUGCUUAUAAAAGACGACAGCGAUGCUUUCCUGCAGGCCGAGACUGGAUCGGGGAAAACUCUAGCCUAUCUAUUACCCAUUGUUCAACGGAUUAUAGCCUUGAGUCAAAAUGAAGACGGUUCUAAUACUGGAACUCGAAUACAUCGCGAUUCAGGCUUGUUCGCUCUUAUACUAGCUCCGACGAGAGAAUUAUGCAAGCAAAUCGCUACCGUGUUGGAGAAGGUCCUGAAUUCCACCCCUUGGAUCGUUAGUACGACCGUGAUAGGAGGAGAGAGUAAAAAGUCCGAAAAGGCUCGAUUAAGGAAGGGCGUUAAUAUAUUGAUCGCCACGCCUGGUCGUCUCGCCGACCAUCUAGACAAUACAAAAGUCCUAGACGUCGGUACUGUGAGAUGGCUAGUUCUCGAUGAAGGGGAUAGACUAAUGGAGAUGGGAUUUGAAGAAGAGCUGAAAAGCAUCGUGGGAAAAAUUCGCCAGGAGAAAUUGAAAGAGACGAAUAAGGAGGGAGUAACCCUUAGCGCCUUGCCACAACGUCGUGUCACAGUCCUCUGUUCCGCCACAAUGAAGAUGAAUGUACAAAAACUGGGCGAAAUCAGUUUACAAGACGCUAUCCACAUCACGGCAUCCAAGUCAGAAAGCGAGAACGAUGUGGUAAUCAAUGCCAAAGACGCUGGUUUUAGCGCGCCAUCUCAACUGAAACAGUCUUAUAUCGUUGUCCCAGCUAAAUUACGCCUGGUCACAUUGAUAGCACUGCUCAAGUCUGCCUUCGCUCGCAAAGGAUCGGUCAUGAAAGCUAUCAUUUUUAUCUCUUGCGCCGACUCGGUCGACUUUCACUUCGACUUACUCCGCUCUACAUCGUCUCAGUCCUCUUUAUCUAACGAUACAUCCCCUACGAAAGACACCGUUGCCGACGCUGCUUACAUCACAUCGCCAGCAAACCCCGAUAUAACCCUCCUCAAACUCCACGGCUCCCUCCAGCAACCUGUUCGCACAUCCACUUUAGCCGCCUUCCACGCCUCCAAGAACCCGUCCGUGCUCAUCACCACCGACAUCGCGUCUCGUGGUCUUGACGUACCCGCAGUCGACCUUGUCAUCGAGUAUGACCCUGCCUUCAGCAUUGAUGACCACGUCCACCGUAUCGGCCGAACCGCGCGAGCGGGCCGGCCAGGGAAGGCCGCGCUCUUCCUCCAACCGGGUUGCGAGGAGGGAUACAUCGAGCUCCUGAAAUCCGCGACGCCGCUCACGCCUCAGUCCUACGAUUCCACGCUGCAGAAGGGCUUCGUAACGCCCAUCACUCUACCCAAAUCAGACAAGGGCUCAGAAGCCCAGACCUUGGUAUCGGAACGACAGACGCCGAACUCUCGCGCAGAAGCGCUUCAACUACAUAUAGAACAGCGCCUCCUGGCCUCCGACAAGGAAGGCACCGAGGGAGGAAAAGGGGGGGAUGCCAAGAAAUUGCUAGAUAAGGCGCGCCAGGCCUUCCGCUCACACAUCCGUGCGUACGCCACACACGUCCGCGACGAGCGCGGCUUCUUCGACAUCACACAGCUACAUCUAGGCCACGCCGCCAAGAGCUUCGGCCUGCGUGAGGCGCCCGGGGGUAUCGGUGGGGGGCCGUCGAGGCGGACUUAUAAACCUGGGCAACAGAAAGGUGGCAAUAGUGGUAGUGGGCAGAAUAAGAGCAGAGGGGACGAGGAUAACGAUGGCGAAAACGCUGUGGACGAAGACGCGGCGAGGAGGAUGAGGAUGAAGAUGAAGCAAGUUAUGAGCGCGGCUGGGGAGUUUAAUAUUGGUUGAUAUUUAUGGGAUUGGUGACGGGUGACGGGUGAUACCUUACGAACGAAUCGGACGAUUGGGGGGCUCAGGGGGGUGAAGACCGGCAUAGAUUAAAAAAAGUACGAGCAUAACGAAGAAGUAUAGUUGAUGAAGAAUUGUAUACGGGAUUCUUAGGUACCUACUUGGGGGCGCUGUCUUACAAAACUAGAGAGUGACCAAUUUAUAUUCAUACCUACCUACGCACCUAGGUUAUUAUUAUCGCAGAAACGCGAUGCGGUUAGACGAUUCAAAUAAAUGCGA